AUGAACUCGACGCUGCAAGAUGGCUCUUCGGCCGGGGCAAUCCCCCCCGACGCCUACACCUUUCGUCUAUACCACUACGAUCCAACCAUCCCGGGCGCCAUCGUCGUCGCUGUGAUUUUCCUUGCCACCACCAUUUUCCACUUUUGGCAGCUGAUCAGAAGCCGAUGCUGGUUCAUGAUCCCGUUGGCAGUUGGUGGCAUUUUGGAGGUGAUUGGAUACGCGGCGCGGGCAAAAUCCGGUGAUGAAAGCCCUAAUUGGACACUGGGCCCGUACAUUAUUCAAGCCAUUCUGUUGCUCGUGGCGCCGGCUCUCUUUGCCGCGACAAUUUACAUGGCCCUUGGACGCAUCAUCCAAAGAGUCGACGGCGAGAGUCGCAGCUUGGUUUCGAUCCAAUGGUUGACAAAGAUAUUUGUUACGGGGGAUGUUGUCUCGUUUUUCAUGCAAGCUGGAGGUGGUGGCUAUCAAGCAGUCGGUACUCUAGAGGCGCUGCAAAACGGCUCCAACAUCAUCAUUGCCGGCCUGUUUGUUCAGCUCUUUUGUUUUGGCUGCUUCGUCGUCGUCUCGGUCGCCUUCCACAUGGCCAUCAACAAGCAGCCCACCGGUCGAUCAGCAAGCGACAUCCCUUGGCGAAAGCACCUCAAAGCGCUGUACCUGGGGAGUGCCCUGAUUAUGGUUCGGUCCAUCUUUCGCGUCGUCGAAUACCUCCAGGGUUUCAAUGGCUAUCUGCUCAGCCACGAGGCAUACCUGUACGUGUUCGACGCGCUGCUCAUGAUGUGCGCCAUGAUGUGGUUCAACUGGGUCCAUCCAGGCGAGAUGUUGAGCGCUGUGCUCGGCCGCCGAUGGCAUGGAGACGUGGAGGAGGAGUGCUCCAGCAUGCAGCUGUGA